AUGUCACCCUGCGAGCCACUGCCUGCUACCAAGGCUAAUCACAGUGAUGUUUCUCGCGUCCUAUCAGACGACUUUGGUGUCACAUCCAAUGCUUUCCUUCCAGAACAACAACCUCUCUCGAGGCUUCCAGAUCAAUACUAUGCCCCCUGGGAAACCAUUGUCUCUUCUCUUUCCUCCCACAUUCAACAACAGACUCUCCGCCAGGAGGUAGACAGAUUGCCAGUCCUAUCAACAGACCGCCUCGCCUCAGAAGCCGAAUGGAGACGAGCCUAUGUUGUCUUGGGCUUCCUCACACAUGCCUACGUCUGGGGAGGUGACGUUGCUUCCGAGAUCCUCCCCCCACCCAUAACUGUCCCUCUCCUCUCCGUUUCCAGACACCUCUCUCUUCCCCCAGUAGCCACCUAUGCCGCGGUCAACCUCUGGAACUUUUCUUCGGUAUCUCCAACAUCCGACCUCGCUGACCUCGACUCCCUCACCGCACUCCACACCUUCACCGGCACUCAAGAUGAGUCCUGGUUCUACAUGGUCAGCGUCGCCAUGGAGGCCCAAGGUGGUCCUAUCAUCCCCGUCAUGCUCUCCGCCCUAUCUGCCCUCCAACACCACGACCUUCCCGCCGCCACCGAGGCCAUCAACGAAAUCACCUCCUGCAUCCACAAACUGGGGAUAUUGCUCGACAGGAUGGACGAAAGGUGCGACCCAGAAGUGUUUUACCAUCAGAUCCGCCCUUUCCUAGCAGGCAGCAAGAACAUGGCCGGGGCCGGGCUGGCAAACGGCGUGUUCUAUGACGAGGGACAAGACGGCAAGGGAGAAUGGAGACAGUACCGAGGAGGAAGCAACGGCCAAAGCUCGCUCAUCCAGCUAUUUGACCUCGUGCUGGGAGUUGAGCACGUCGCGCAGGGUAAUGCGAGUCCGGACUCGUACUCGCGGGAGAAGAAGAUGGAGAGUUUCCACAGGGAGGUCAGAGGGUACAUGCCGGAGCCGCACAGGAGGCUUCUUGAGUUUGUGGAGGGGCGGUACCCAGGAGGAUUGAGGAAAGGUGUGGAGGAUUUGUUGGUGACACCAAGCACAGAGGGAAACGACGGUGAGAGAAGGGAGUUGAGGGAGGCGUUCACGACGGCGACCAAGGCGCUGGCCGAGUUUAGGAAUAAGCACUUGCAGAUUGUGACGCGAUAUAUCGUGAUCCCGUCGAGGAAGGAGAACAAGGCCAAGGGAAGUAACUUGGCGACGGCGUCAUCGAGGCUGGCGGGGGAUGAUGAUAAGAAGCUGACGGGGACAGGGGGGACUGCACUAUUGCCGUUCCUGAAGCAAUCACGGGAUGAAACGUUUCGCGCGGGGGAUUUUUCGCGAUGA